AUGGAACUCCGCCGUCGACUGAGGAACGAGAAGCAAAGAUUGAAGAGGGUGCUUAAGCAGAAGAUUCGAGAUGAAUGGACUGCCAGACAGGCGGUGGACGACAUUGAGGGGCAAUUGCAAGGUAUUGGGUUUGUCAAACAAGCGACUGUGAACACUCCCAUUUGUCCUCAGCGACCGGCUCAAAAGCGAUUGGUUGAGGCCCUCGCCGCUCCACUUGGCAACACGCUCGAAGGUCAAUAUCGACGGAGAGACAAUGCUAUCGCCGCCAUCGUAGCUUAUUGUAUGGUCGAGGAAGGGCAGACGAUCCGCGGCGCUCGAGCGUCGGUCGACUCAACUAGGCCUACUCUCAUGAACGAACCGCCUAUCAACAGCCCUCAACUCACGGCUCUGAUGUCCACCUUCAUUAAGACAGUCACGGACAGGCCUCGAAGAUGCUUCAUCUGUGUCGGCAAGGCCCUUGAUUUGACAUCAGAUGAUGGGGCCGUGGAGGUUCUCAUUCGCGAGUUUUACACUCCUGGAGACCUGUCCAAGCACUUCCGACGCAAGCACUUGUCGAAUUUACGCGAGGGCGAUGAGAUUAGAUGUUCGAUCUGCGAUUUGCCACUGGACCAUAUGGAGCAUCUGCGGAACCAUGCUCUACGAAUACACGGAACAGUGUCCUAA